GACAGCGAGGUGGUGAAGCCUUCCUGAGGCUGCCAGGAUGGCAGAGGACCAAGAGUUCACCCAGCUCUGCAAGUUGCCUCCACAGUCCUCAAACUCGCACUGUAUCAACAACACCUACCGGAGCACGCAGCACUCUCAGGCACUGCUCCGGGGGCUGCUGGCCCUCCGAGACAGCGGGAUUCUUUUCGAUGUCGUCCUGGUGGUGGAGGGCAAGCACAUUGAAGCCCACCGAAUCCUGCUAGCUGCAUCCUGUGAUUACUUCAGAGGCAUGUUUGCUGGGGGUCUGAAGGAGAUGGAACAGGAGGAAGUGCUAAUCCAUGGUGUGUCCUAUAAGGCCAUGUGCCAGAUCCUGCAUUUCAUCUAUACCUCUGAGCUGGAGCUUAGCCUGAGCAAUGUGCAGGAGACUCUGGUGGCCGCCUGCCAGCUUCAGAUCCCCGAAAUCAUCCACUUCUGCUGUGACUUUCUCAUGUCCUGGGUGGAUGAAGAAAACAUCCUAGAUGUCUACCGGCUGGCAGAGUUGUUUGACUUGAGCCAUCUGACGGAGCAGCUGGACACCUACAUCCUCAAGAACUUCGUGGCCUUCUCUCGAACUGACAAGUACCGCCAGCUCCCCUUGGAAAAGGUGUACUCGCUCCUCAGCAGCAACCGCCUGGAGGUCUUCUGCGAGACCGAGGUGUACGAGGGCGCACUGCUCUACCACUACACCCCGGAGCAGGUACAGGCUGAUCAGAUCUCGCUGCCUGAGCCCCCCAAACUCCUGGAGGCGGUGCGGUUCCCGCUGAUGGAGCCCGAGGUCUUACAGCAGCUCCACGACAAGCUGGGCCCCAGCCCACUGCGAGACACAGUAGCCAGUGCCCUCAUGUACCACCGGAACGAAAGCCUGCAGCCCAGCCUGCAGAGCCCGCAGACGGAGCUGCGGUCAGACAUCCAGUGCGUGGUGGGCUUUGGGGGCAUCCACUCCACACCCUCCACGGUCCUCAGCGACCAGGCCAAGUACCUGAACCCCCUGCUGGGAGAGUGGAAGCAUUUCACCGCCUCCCUAGCACCACGGAUGUCCAACCAGGGCAUUGCAGUCCUGAACAACUUUGUGUACUUGAUUGGCGGAGACAACAAUGUCCAGGGGUUUCGUGCCGAGUCACGGUGCUGGAGGUAUGACCCUCGGCACAACCGCUGGUUCCAGAUCCAGUCCCUACAGCAAGAGCACGCCGACCUGUGCGUGUGUGUUGUAGGCAAGUAUAUCUACGCUGUGGCUGGCCGAGACUACCACAAUGACCUGAAUGCUGUGGAGCGCUAUGAUCCCGCCACCAACUCCUGGACCUAUGUGGCCUCACUCAAGAGAGAGGUGUAUGCCCACGCAGGCGCAGCACUGGAGGGGAAGAUGUAUAUCACCUGUGGCCGCAGAGGGGAGGACUACCUGCGAGAGACCCACUGUUACGAGCCGGACAGCAACACCUGGAGCAGCCUGGCUGACGGACCAGUGCGACGGGCCUGGCAUGGGAUGGCUACUCUCCUCAACAAGCUGUAUGUCAUUGGGGGCAGCAACAAUGACGCUGGCUACAGGAGGGAUGUGCACCAAGUGGCCUGCUUCAGCUGUACAUCUGGGCAGUGGUCAUCAGUCUGUCCGCUCCCGGCCGGACAUGGCGAACCAGGCAUGGCUGUGCUGGAAGGCAGGAUCUAUGUGCUGGGCGGCCGCUCACACAACCGAGGCAGCCGCACAGCCUAUGUGCACAUCUAUGAUGCUGAGAAGGACUGCUGGGAGGAGGGGCCACAACUGGAUAACUCCAUCUCGGGGCUAGCCGCCUGUGUGCUCACCCUACCCCGUUCCCUGCUCCUUGAGCCCCCCCACGGGACCCCCGACUGGAACCACGACCGCAGUCAGGCUGACCAGGACUUCGCAUCAGAGGUCAUGAGCGUGUCUGACUGGGAGGAGUUCGACAACUCUAGUGAGGACUAGGCUGUGGUGCCUGAGUCAGAAGAAAAGAUGCUGGGAGCUGAGCCUCCAGGAUGGGCAGCAGAGAGGCCUGGAGGCUCCUGGACUGGAACACUAGGCUACAGGCACUGGAGGCUUCUCCCACACCCCGUACCUGGUGGUCUGCGUGUACCUGCCACCCUCUCUUCAAGCCAGCGAUCUGCCAGCUUUCCAGGGGCACAGGGUGUGCGAUGUUGCUGUGCAUUUUGUUCGUUACAGUGGGAAAUGUUCACAAGAGGUGUUAACCCUCUGAAAGAAUGUACCAGGUCCAUGCCCUUUAGUGUGGACUGGCCUUGCUAGCCAUCAGCCUGGUCUUACUCACCCUGUGAGGACUGGUGGCCCCUGGAAGGGAGGCUGGGGUGUGUUGAGCCCUUUCUGGGAGGCAGCAGGUAUGAGGACUGUAGGACAGCAGGGAGUAGCUCCUCCAUCCACUCCUCCCGAAAGGCCUUGAGGGAGAAGACACCCACAGCUGUUAGUUCUGUUUCAAGGGGAAAAAGAUCCUUCCCACCUGAGUUUUUCUGACCCCAUAUUGUUGAUUCAACUCUCCUAAUAAACGUGUUCAUUGUU